AAUAUCGUAUCGAUUAUUCAUACCAUGAUUAAAACGGUCGCAAUUGCAAAUUUUCUUCCCGCUCUUGAAUACGUCAGAAUAUUGGGGGUGGUGACUUAAAUGGAGAAUUAUUUCUAUUGGUUGUAACUUCAUCUAUGGGGGAAAAGUCGAUGGUUUUAAUGGCAGGAGUUCACACUAGCAUUUGUUAUCAGUCAGGUGGUUUAGCUGGUACUUUUGUUGACAUUUCACUCUUCCCAAUUGAUACUCUUAAGACGCGCUUACAAAGUGAACAUGGAUUUAUGCGAUCAGGCGGCUUUACACAAUUAUAUAAGGGUGUAACACCAGUUAUAUUAGGAUCUGCACCUACUGCUGCUUUAUUUUUUGUUACAUAUGAAAAUAUUAAAAUGUUAUUAAAUGAAAGGGUUUCAUCCACAUAUUCUCCAUUUAUACAUAUGGGCUCUGCUUCAAUUGCUGAAAGUGUGUCUUGUUUUAUUCGUGUACCAGUUGAAGUAAUCAAACAAAGAAAACAAGCUCUUUUGUCAGAUCAAGGAAGAUUUAAUAUUAAGUUACUUUAUAGAGGUUAUUGGAGUACUAUAUUAAGAGAUAUGCCUUUUAGUUUAAUUCAAUUUCCAUUGUGGGAAUAUUUUAAACAAAUUUGGACUAAAUACGUUCACAGAAACGUUUAUCCUAUUGAAGGAGCUAUUUGUGGAGCUUUUGCAGGAAGUAUUGCUGCAGCAAUAACCACACCUCUUGAUGUUGUUAAAACAAGAAUUAUGUUAUUCAAUAAGAAUUCUUAUGAUUCAUCAAAAUUAUCAAUUUUCAAUGUAUUAUUUUUAAUAUAUGAAUCGAAUGGAAUUAAAGGUUUAUUUGCUGGUAUAUUACCAAGAACCACAUGGAUUACAAUUGGUGGAUUUAUUUUCUUUGGAGUUUAUGAUAAAUCAAAAUUACUCUUAUUGAGCUAAUAAAUUAUAAAGAAAUAUAUUUUUUAAUAUAAACAUAGUAUUUAUAAAAAUUUAUAAUCUAAAUCUUGCGACGUUGAUAACAAGGA